UAUAACAUUCUAUAAUCCUGCUGUUGAUAUUGCAAUAUACUACGCGUCAAUCUUCACGAUUUAUAGCAAAAGCAUCAAAUCAAUCACAAUCCCUAGAUUUACUCGAUAGAGUAUUAUUUGUGUGAACAAUAUAUAAUCCUCCACUGUCGGUGUGAAAUAAUCACGUUACCGCUCAAUCCUCUCUCUCUCUCUCUCUCUUCUAAAUAUCCUCCCUUUUUCCAAUCAAGUCCAACAACACUUGUCCCUUCCUUUCUUUCUUCUGAGAUGAGUUUGAGCAAUGGUAAAAACCAAUCACCAUUACCAACUAGUAAUGGUAAUGGUAAUGGAAUAGGUGCACCCUUCAAGAUCUUUGUGGGUUAUGAUCCACGUGAAGACAUUGCAUUUCAGGUAUGUCGUCAUUCAAUCAUGAAAAGGUCUUCAAUUCCUGUUGAGAUCAUACCAAUUAAGCAAUCAGAUCUGAGAAAAAGUGGUCUUUACUGGCGUGAAAGAGGUCAAUUUGAGAGCACUGAGUUUUCUUUUACAAGAUUCUUAACACCUAGUUUGGCAAAUUAUCAAGGUUGGGCUAUGUUUGUGGAUUGUGAUUUUCUCUAUUUAGCUGAUAUUAAGGAAUUGUUAGAUUUGAUUGAGGAUAAGUAUGCUAUUAUGUGUGUUCAACAUGAUUAUACUCCAAAAGAGACUACAAAGAUGGAUGGUGCUGUUCAAACUGUGUAUCCUAGAAAGAAUUGGUCUUCAAUGGUUUUGUAUAACUGUGGUCAUCCUAAGAACAAGGUUCUUACUCCUGAUGCUGUGAAUUCUCAGACUGGUGCUUUCCUUCAUAGGUUUCAAUGGCUCGAGGACGAUGAAAUUGGUUCUGUACCUUUUGUUUGGAAUUUUCUUGAAGGACAUAAUAGGGCUGUUGAGAAUGAUCCAACUACUUCACCAAAGGCUAUCCAUUAUACUCGUGGAGGGCCGUGGUUUGAGGCUUGGAAGAAUUGUGAAUUUGCUGAUCUAUGGCUGAAUGAGAUGGAAGAGUACCUUACUCAAGCCAAAAAAGAAAAAUCUGAUAAUUAGAGAUUUGAAGAUGCAUUUGGAUGUUUUAGUAUUGAUAUCUGUUUAGAGUCAGUCAAUUAUGGCUAUGUAUUAUUCUUUAUGUCAAAUUUGUUAUUCUGCUAAGUUUGUAUCUGAUGAUGCAAGUUAUGAGAAUAGGAGUAUGAAUGUUGCUAGUUCAUAUCUUUCGUAAAUGCCUUUCAUGAUGUAUUUGAUUUUUUAUUUGUUUAAUGACCUCUGGAGGCCCUGACAAGAGGUCUAAGAAUAACUUUGUAUUGAGUGUUUUAAUCAACAAGGCUUUAUUGUUGCGAUUACGCAUUGUUCUCGGUUUUUAAUCAUAAGAUAAGAUGAGCUUCAAUA